AUGGGAGCCGGUGGCAAGAAGACUAAGGUCAAAGACAAGAGCAGCAAGGCUGCUUCAAAACAGAAGAAUAAGAAGACCAAGAGCCCAGAAGGUACAGAUGAUCACACGACAACUGAAACCCCUAUGCCUGGCAGCCCAGUCUUAGCGGUGCAACAUCAAGAACUUGUCGAUCAAAUAUCGGAACCAGUACUUGAACCAACUUUACAGCCUGAGCAGCCCGAGCAACUUGAACAACCCCAGCAACCCGAGCACCUUCAAAGACCAUCGGUAUUGGAUUAUUUAGACGAGCCAUCUCCAGCAGAAACACCACUACCCCCAUCACCACAGCUACAGGAGGAAGCAGUUGGCCAUGCGGAACUUCAACAUAUUGCCACACAGCCACUUGAACCUGACACCGAUGAACUAGCUGCUGUGAAAGACAAUACGCCUGAAAUUGAAACAACUGCGCCCAACAACGAAGAAUCCCACGAAGCCGUGAUUGAGGCCUCUGUCACUGAGACCCCUGCCAUUGAGGACCCUAUUAUCGAGGCUCCUGUUAUCGAGGCGCCUGUUAUCGAGGCUCCUGUUAUCGAGGCUCCUGUUAUCGAGGCUCCUGUUAUCGAGGCUCCUGUUAUCGAGGCUCCUGUUAUCGAGGCUCCUGUUAUCGAGGCCCCCGUUAUCAAAGCCGAAGAAGAGUCUCUACCCAAACAAGAGAGCAUUCCUGUCGAGCCCGAGGAGUCGGAGAGAACACCAAUCAUAUCGACUCCUUCUCCAUCUGCUGCUUCAUUUGUUCCAUUCUCUCCCGUACCAACCCAGGUACCCUUGCCAUCUCCUUCUCUGACCGAAGCACGGUAUAUGUCAAGUGCUUCACCAGAUAACAGCUACUAUUACUCUGGAUACUCUGCAUCACCGGCGCUGGUUCCUUACGCUUCGCAAUACGCAGCUGCAUCCCCUUACGCCUCACCAUACGCAUCUCCCUACGGUUCGCCUUACGCCUCACCUUACGCCUCACCAGUGCCCAAGGUCAGCAGCCCUCUUGCUCGCUCUCAUUACCCAUAUAUGCCUCCCGUCAUGUCGCCUACUGCAACUCCUCCACCUCCACCUCUCGCCCCAGCAGCUCCAGUAGCUCCAGCAGCAUCUCCAAUGGCCUCGAGAGCACCCUCAACUACUCAAAGCUACGGAACAGCUGCUCAAAACUACCCAGGGGCUGUUCACUCCCCAGUCAUGAGCUCGGCGAGUGUCGUUUCUCCGUACACUCAUCCAGCCUAUCCUCACUACCCUCCGGAUGGCCACUCCAUGCAGCGAAGUUACAGCAUGAAUGACCCGUCACCUUACGCUGCAUCAUUUCAAGCCAUCCGCGAUCUCGGCUUGGGCGGUGUCAAACCAACUGAGAAUGGUGCCCCAUCGCCCCCAGAGAGUGAAGCCGAGCAUGCAGAGCUUCUUCACCGAAUUCAAUCUGCGCUUCCUGACAUCAACCGCCUUCUUCAUGGGUUUAAAAAUACCCAUAGCAGACUCUCAAGCCGGGAGGCGGAGAUGAAGCAAAUUGGGGAUCAACACGAGCAAGCUUUACUGCACAAAGAUUUCUAUAUUGAGGCUUUACAGUCUCAAAUGAAGAAGACGGCCACUGAAAGCGCCGAAGAUGCUGCCAAGCUAAAGAACACCAUCAACGAACUGCGCAUGGAACUGGGAAAUCUGCAAGAAAAGAAGAAGGACCUUGAAGACGGUCUGACUAUUCACCAGAAGUCGAACGAGGAGCUGUCGCAGUCCAAGGUUGAACUCGAAGCGGAGAUUGCGAAACUCAACACCACAAUCCAAGAGACUCACGAUGCGCACGCGAAAGAGAUCGAGGAGCACAAGGAGGGACAUGCGAAUGCUCUUGUUACUCAGAAACAGGAGUUGACCGAGCUCUUUGAAGAAAUUAAGAGCGAGGAUGAGAAAGCGGCCAAUGAAGCCCUGGAGGCGCGCGAGAAGGAACUCCUUGCUCAACAUGAGACUCACAAGGGAGAGUGGGCGGCCGAAAAGGCUCAGUUACAUGAGUCGCUUGAGGCUCACCGCACUGAACUUGAGGCCACCAAUGGCGACUUGGCUUCCAAGGUCACUGAGCUUGAGUCUAAGAAGACUGAGCUCGAGUCUAAGGAAAAUGAAUUACAAGCCUGCCUGGGUGAACUCACAUCGGUGCGCGAUGAGGUGACAUCCAAGUUAGCUGAGUUGGAGGCAAAGGAGAAAGAAUUGGUGGAAGUCCGGACAAAGAGUGCCCAAGAAUUAGAAGCACUCCAGAAAGGACAUGCUGAUGAACUGGCCUCGUUGCGAAGCACUCACGAAGAACAACUGGCUGCCGCUGCAAAGGAAUUAGCUGAUAAGAUUGCUGCCAUCGAAGCGGUCUUCAACGACAAGGAGCAGACCUGGUCUGCACAGCGAGUUGAGUUGGAGAAGCUGCUCUCGGAGAAAGACAGCGAGCUGGCAAGCUCGGAGCGAGAGAAGGAGAAGCUAGAGGAAAAUGGUCUGGUCAAGGAACAGCAACUUCAGCGUGCCGUUGAUAUGAUGCGAACCACCAUUGAUCACCUAGGGGACGACUGCGACCGGCUGAGAAAGACACUGCACAGCCUGGGUGAAGCGACUGAUCUCAAGACCACCAAGGGCGAUGAGUUCUUUCAAGACUGUUUUACUCAGCUAUCGCAGCUGAUCCACGAGCUGUCCAAAGAACACUUCUCUUACCUCCCUAUCGAUCCGCCCAAGGAUAUCCUCUCCAAGAUCCCGUCUGAACUACCAUCCUUCCUCGACAACACUCCAGCUUCCCGCGAGCUCCGCUGUGCCUAUGUCGAGCAUGUCGUGUCCAAGACCAUUACCUAUCGCGUCUUCCAGCCGUUCCUCUUCACCCUGGGUCGUCGAUACGAUAAGGCAGAUACUUUCUUCCAAAUGUUGUCCAUGGACAUCCGUCGAAAGUCCGUCCGUCGCGAAGCCUUCUGGCGUCAGCAAACUCUCAAAGCAGCCUACACCACCUCCGACGCCAAGCAAUCAAUCAACGUGGCCGCCGCGGUGAUCGUGGACGAGAUUAUCGAUCACAUCAAGCACUUUGCUGACCCCAAGCACUUGGAUACCCUUCUGACAGGCGUUCGCAAGAUCGUGAAGCUGGCUGCUGAGACUUGGCGCCAUGCUCGCGUCGAGCGAGAGCUUGUCCUCGCCUCUUUCCCCGCCCCUGAUGCUCAGAGCGUCUCCAACGAUGGAUGGGAAGAGUACGGCGUCCCAAACGCAGCUAGCCCGGGUCCUAAGGGUGAUCCUGCUCGUCAUGUCGUUCUCCGCACGUUCCCGAGUGUCAUGCGGGAGGCUGCUCAUGAGGACUUUGCUAGUGGUGAGCGAGCUAGUCCCUAUAUCUACUCCCACGGUGUCUUGCUUUAUUCGGACUCUCCGGUUGUCUUGGCACGUCUGCAGGAAUUGGCGAAAAAGUCGACUGAUACCUUGGUUGCUGAUGAGCAAACGCCGCUUCCUCAGACCCCGAAGGGUUCUCGGGAGAACUUGGCGGCAAAGUUGGCUACUCUGACAGUUCAGUCAGCGCCGACUAGCCCGACUCUCAAGGGACAGUUUUUGAAGACGUAG